AUGGCCACGCUCCGAGCUACGAGGCUACGGCCCUUGUCGUCAGCGUUGCGACCGGCCAUUUCAUCACAGACACCAUGCACAGCCAACCCCUCUCGAACAGCAGUCAGGCACAAGUCGGGACCCUACGGCUACACCCAGGCCAAGGCCCUCGUCUUCUCCAAAGAGGGCGACCCCUCUGACGUUCUCUCCCUCCACACACACUCCAUCUCGCCGUCGCUGCCUGCGGGCUCUGUCCUCCUGCGUGCCCUGGCGGCGCCCAUCAACCCGGCCGACAUCAACACGAUCCAGGGCACGUACGGCGCCAAGCCGCCCUUCACAACCCUCAUCGGCACGGCCGAGCCGUCGGCCGUCCCCGGCAACGAGGGCGUCUUCGAGGUCGCGGCGUGCGGGUCGCCGAACAUGGACCUGAAGCGCGGCGACUGGGUCCUGCCCUUUUCGCCCUCGUUCGGCACGUGGCAGACGCACACCAUCGCCGACGCCGCCGCCGUGCACAAGAUUGACAAGACGGGCCUGACGCCCGUGCAGGCCGCCACGGUGCUCGUCAACCCCAGCACGGCCUACCGCAUCCUGCGGUCGUACGGCCCCGGCGAGGGCGCGCGGCCCGACGGCCUCGGCGCCAUGAAGCCCCUGGCCCCCGGCAGCGGCGCCUGGUUCAUCCAGAACGGCGCACUCUUCGCUUUACCGCUGCUCCGUCUCAGGGUGAACUCACUGCUUGUGAUCGUCCAGGCUUGCCCUGGGUGCCUGAAAGCUUGA